AUAGUGACGUUUACGUAUGAUUUUUGACUGCCAUAGCUGAAUCAUCUUUUUUCAGUCCCUGGCUAAACACACGCGCGCGCGCGUGCGCGGCCUGUGUGCGUUGAGGACGAGGGGGGAGGCGGACCCACCAGUCCUCUCCAGACCUCCUGAGUCUGUCAGACAGAAGCAGCAGGGGUGAUGGAGGAUUUAAGCCCCCGUCAUGGCGGCUCCAUGUUUGUAGGCCUGGUGGGAGCAUCGCAGGUGCUUGGAUUGCUGUCCGUGGUCCUGACUGGGGUAUGGAUGGGUCACUACCAGGGCGGUUUUGCUUGGGAUGGCUCAGCACAGGAGUUCAACUUGCAUCCUCUUUGUAUGGUGCUGGGUCUGGUCUUCCUGCAGGGUGACGCCAUCCUGGUCUACAGAGUAUUUCGUAAUGAGGCGAAGAGAAACGUGAAGCUGCUUCAUGGCAUCAUUCACCUUUUGGCCCUCAUCAUCAGCAUUGUUGGGGUGGUAGCGGUCUUUGACUUCCACAGAGCCAAUCAGAUCCCAGAUGUGUAUUCUCUGCACAGUUGGCUUGGCCUGGCCACCUUGGUUCUGUUUUGCCUCCAGUGGGUGAUGGGUCUGAUGUUCUUCCUGUUUCCUGUUGCCUCAUCAUGGGUACGAGCCAUGUACCUCCCUGUCCAUGUGUUCUGUGGCCUGGCCCUGCUGGUCAUGGCCAUCAGCACCAGCCUGCUUGGUAUCUCAGAGAAACUUCUCUUCAGCAUCAUGUCAACAUACUCUCAGUUCGCCCCUGAAGGGGUGCUAGCCAACACCUUGGGGAUCCUCCUGGUCUUCUAUGGAGGGCUGCUGUGUCACCUGGUCACCAGAGAGGAAUACAAACGUCCUCCAAACCCCGAAGAAGAGUCUCUGUCAGUCCACUUUAAGACUCUGGCAGAAGGAGGGUCACCUGCCUCACCCUGACCCAGUGUGGAUGCAGCAUUCACUGGAGCCUUUCUGCCUUGUGUUUAUGACUUAACAGCCACUCCCGAAUACGUUUACCGUAAGCGUUGAUCCUGCAGAAACCAGUCUAGUAACAGACCAUCUACUGGUCUCCUGGUUGGUCAGUUUCAGUUUCAUGGGAACUGUCAGCCUCCAGUCUACAAUCAAUUUAUAGAAUUCCUGGAGUGGAUUCACCUCUUUUACCCUAAAGCUACAGCUUGGUUAGAUCUGUGAGUAGAUCCAGCUGCCGAACCUGAGAAGUUAAAGGUGAAGGAAACAUCUCUUGCUUUAAACAGCAUCAGUUUUUUAGAGUGAGAUGAUGGUAAAGAAAUUUAAAAAAAAUCUUUGAAGAAAAGUUGAUAGAGCACACAAACCAUAUUUGACUGGUCUGAUUUUGUUUUAUUAUUUAGUAAUUAUCAUGUGGAAGCUAGUGGUGAAGUUCAUGUUUUCAAGGGAAAACCCCAAGGUUCUGAUCUCUACCUAAGCAGCCUUAAACCCAACCUGGAGGUUUGGGCUCCAUGCCUGACAGCUCUGUCCGCUUACGUUUGACUUCACAACAUUGUUGACGUUACUCCAGUAAAGUCUGUAAAGUGAGUUCAGUGUAAGAUGUUUAAAAGUAGAUGUCAGUCAUGCAAAAAUAGCCAAGCAUGGUUUCAGAUGGAUUACCAUAAAGAGUUGUGUUUGAUGUGCUUUUGUUUGAGUUCAUGCCUCCUCAUUAGUGCCUAACAGACCUUCAUCAUUUCUAUGUUGCUGGAUGUAUUUGUCUUAAUCUGCUUCUUUACUGUGUAAAACUCCUAAUAAAUGGUGCCAACCA